AUGCCUCUCAUUACCUACUCUGAGGUGAUAUACAGCAAACUUGAUUCCACAUCUUGCCAUAAACUUAAUGUGGCAUUUAAUAACGCCACGCGCACUGCAUUGAAAUUCAAUUGUCGAAAAACAGAUUUUUUGUCUCCAAAAUAUUACUUUAUAUGGCGCAGCAGUCAAUCAACAACACCCGUCAGCUACACCAUCGAUAGAAACCAUUUACAGCGAAAUAUUAACAGCAACUUAACAUCGGCGCAUAUCUCUCGGCCUCCAGUGAAAUCGUUAAUAUUUCUUUGUUGCAUAUUUAUCGGAGUUAACGUAAAUGGAUGCAGAAACGACUCAAUUCAUUGUCGACGCUUGAUUUAUAUUGAUGAACGUGCAAUGAGUGCCGCAGUGGCAAUAAAAGAAAACAAAUCAACUACAAGAAACACCUAUAAAUAUGUACAACAAAAACUUAACAACAAAACCGUAAAAACUACACUGAUGCAAGAAUAUUGGAAAAGAAAAACAGUGCGGAGAGGAACGCAAGCGAACGCAACUGAAGGGAAGGUGGCUGUGAAGUAAUCAAUAUUGCAUGCACUUGCACACAAAUGUACGCUGAUUUAUAUAUAUAGAUUUCAUACUUUAGUACAAUGAAGGGCUUGCAGUAAAUGGGAUACGCGUGUCCCAACUAGACCGUAACUAGUCGAUUUUGGGCUGGAAUACAUGCAUACUGAAUCAUACACAAAUAUUUUCAACUUUUCACGUUUAUGUGGUUUAUGAUGACAGUA